CAUCAAGCAGAACUGCAUGGAAAAACCAGAAUCAAGAUCACGGAGCUAAAUCCCCACCUAAGGUGUGUGCUUUGUGGAGGGUACUUCAUUGAUGCCACAACCAUAAUAGAAUGUCUACAUUCCUUCUGUAAAACAUGUAUUGUACGUUACCUGGAGACCAGCAAGUAUUGUCCUAUCUGUGAUGUCCAAGUUCACAAAACCAGACCACUGCUGAAUAUAAGGUCUGAUAAAACUCUUCAAGACAUCGUAUACAAAUUAGUUCCAGGGCUUUUCAAAAAUGAAAUGAAGAGAAGAAGAGAUUUUUAUGCAGCUCAUCCUUCAGCUGAUGCUGCCAAUGGCUCCAAUGAAGAUAGAGAAGUUGCAGAUGAAGAUAAAGGAAUUAUAACUGAUGAUGAGAUAAUAAGCUUAUCUAUUGAAUUCUUUGACCAGAAUAGAUUGGAUCAGAAAGUAAACAAAGACAAAGAGAAAUCUAAGGAGGAGGUAAAUGAUAAAAGAUAUUUACGAUGCCCAGCAGCAAUGACUGUGAUGCACUUAAGAAAGUUUCUCAGAAGUAAAAUGGACAUACCUAAUACUUUCCAGAUUGAUGUUAUGUAUGAAGAGGAACCUUUGAAGGAUUACUAUACACUAAUGGAUAUUGCAUACAUUUAUACCUGGAGAAGGAAUGGUCCACUUCCUUUGAAAUACAGAGUUCGACCUACUUGUAAAAGAAUGAAGAUCAGUCACCAGAGGGAUGGACUGACAAAUGCUGGAGAACUAGAAAGUGACUCUGGGAGUGACAAGGCCAACAGCCCAGUAGGAGGUAUUCCCUCCACCUCUUCUUGUUUGCCUAGCCCCAGUACUCCAGUGCAGUCUCCUCAUCCACAGUUUCCUCACAUUUCCAGUACCAUGAAUGGAACCAGCAACAGCCCCAGUGGUAACCACCAAUCUUCCUUUGCCAAUAGACCUCGAAAGUCAUCAGUAAAUGUGUCGUCAGCAACUUCAUCUGGUUGAUUCCUGAGACUAUUAAGGAAAAAAAUUUUAAACUCCUGACUUAUAUAGAUAUCUUCAUGCCAUUACAGCUUUAUAGAUGCUAAUACAUGUGACUAUCGUCCAAUUUGCUUUCUUUUGUAGUGACAUUAAAUUUGACUAUAAAAGAUGGACUAGAUGUGAUAUUCAUAUGGACGUUAACUGAAAAGAAAGAUUGUUCCUAUAAAGAAUUGGAUUCUGAGAAGGCAGGCAAGGUUUUUGUUUUUGUUUUGUUUUGUUUUUCUGUGUGUUAGGAAAGAUGUGAAAUGGUUUCUGUAACCAUUGUUUGGGUUUGGAAAUACUCUGCAGUGGAUAGAAGCAUUGGGCCAUAGUUUGUUAAUCUCAACUAACGCCUACAUUACAUUCUCCUUGAUUGU